AUGGAUUUGCAAAAUGGCAGACUCCCACAAGAUUCAGGCCACUCUCGUUUAAACGAACUGGGAUACAAGCAAGAACUCAAGCGUGAUCUCUCGGUGUUGUCAAACUUUGCAUUUUCGUUUUCCAUUAUAUCCGUGUUAACAGGUAUAACCACACUUUACAAUACUGGGCUGAACUUUGGUGGACCUGUUGUGUUGGUAUAUGGAUGGCUAGUUGUUGGUGUGUUCACCAUGGCUGUUGGUCUGUCUAUGGCUGAGAUUUGUUCUUCUUAUCCAACUUCUGGCGGUCUCUACUAUUGGAGUGCCAAACUUGCUGGCCAUAAUUGGGCACCUUUUGCCUCUUGGAUUACUGGAUGGUACAACAUCAUAGGCCAGUGGGCUGUGACGACAAGUAUCAACUUUUCACUUGCUCAGUUGAUUCAAGUAAUCGUUCUUUUGAGCACGGGUGGUAACAAUGGAGGUGGCUACAAUGCAUCUAAGUACAUAGUUCUUGCUAUUCAUGGAAGCAUUCUUCUUGUACUUGCUAUCAUAAACAGUCUUCCGAUCUCAUGGCUAUCAUUCUUUGGACAACUAGCAGCUGCCUGGAAUAUUUUAGGUGUCUUUUUUCUGAUGAUUUGCAUACCCAUAGUUGCAAAAGAAAGGGCUAGUGCAGAGUUUGUGUUUACACAUUUUAAAACAGAUAAUGAAGCAGGAAUUAGUAGUAAACCUUACAUAUUUCUUAUUGGAUUGCUUAUGAGCCAGUAUACAUUGACAGGGUUUGAUGCCUCUGCUCAUAUGUCAGAGGAAACAAAGAGUGCAGAUAUAAAUGGCCCUAAAGGAAUUAUUAGUUCUAUUGGCAUAUCAAUAAUUGUCGGAUGGGGUUAUCUGCUUGGUAUAACAUUCACAGUUACUGAUAUUUCACACCUUUUAAGCCCGGAUAAUGAUGCUGGCGGUUAUGCCAUUGCUGAGAUAUUUUAUCAAGCUUUCAAGAGUCGGUUUGGAAAUGGUACAGGAGGUAUCAUUUGCUUGCUUGUGGUUGCUGUCGCCAUCUUCUUCUGUGCAAUGAGUUCACUCACAAGCAAUUCCAGGAUGGUAUACGCAUUCUCAAGAGACGGAGCAAUGCCAUUGUCAUCGCUAUGGCAUAGAGUUAACCAAAAUGAGGUCCCUAUAUAUGCUGUUUGGCUAUCCGCUUUCAUAGCAUUCUGCAUGGCCCUUACGUCUCUUGGGAGCAUAGUGGCAUUUCAAGCCAUGACAUCCAUAGCUGUGAUCGGUUUGUACAUAGCCUAUGCAUUACCUAUAUUCUUUAGGGUCACUUUGGCCCGCAAAUCAUUUGUACCCGGGCCUUUCAAUCUGGGUAGGUAUGGUGUCGUUGUUGGUUGGAUAGCAGUUCUUUGGGUAGUUACCAUUUCCGUGCUCUUCUCUUUGCCAGUAGCAUACCCUGUUACUGAUCAGACUCUCAACUAUUCUCCUGUGGCUGUUUGUGGACUCUUUAUUAUCGUGGUGUCUUAUUGGAUAGUGAACGCACGAUAUUGGUUUAAGGGUCCGAUAACAAAUUUUGGUACCCAAGGUGAUGUAUGA